UCCUGAGCUGCUCAUUUAGUUCAGAAUUCUCAGUUCAGCUCACUGUUGUGACAUCAUAAUGGAGAUUCCGUUCUGGCAGCUCUAAACUGCUGUUCUGACUAACUUUCUUCUGUUGGUGUGUUAGGAGAGAAAAGAUCGAGAGCUACUUUCGUGACUUUCUGCAGAUAUUGACGACAAAUACUGAAUUCACUUGCAGCAUCUAGUGUCCACAAUGGCACUGUUCAGCAGUGUAUUUAGACCACUUUUUGAGUGUUUUGCUCACUUCUUUCAUAAAAGGGAGACACCUUUGAGGGCACAACAGUGUGCAGCACAAGAACGGGCGGCAAUAGAGAAACUCCCAGAAGCAUCAAUGAUGAAGGCAGAUGAAAGUGAGGCCUUCGACUUCACUGCCCAAAACAAGAAGUGCAAAAAGAGACGCCGCCAGUAUGGAGAGAAAGAGAAGAAAAGACAGGUGAAGAGAAAGGUGAAGAAGGAGAAAGAGAUGAAUGAGGGAGGAAGUCAUAAAGACAAGGCUGAAAAAGAAAGCGAGACAUUUGGCCUUGAAAAGAUAAAGGAUAGAGGACAUGUGCCACAGAAAAAAAGAGAGUCUGCCAAAUUCAGAAAGAUGCAGAGUCUAGAAAAUGUGAUGGAGGGAGGAAGUAGGCAUAGAGAGGCUGGAGAAAAGAAAAAGAAGAGGAGAAACCAGAAGGAAAGAAGGACCACUGAGCCUACUCCACUUCUUGUGGAGGUCAAACCUCAGCAAAGUCUAGUCAGUCCUCCAGUGAGAUCUUCCUUCUUGAAGCCAAUAGAAGGAGAAUUUCCAUUGCUCCCAAGUGUCUCUGAAGACCUUCCUUUACCAGCUGCUCGCUUCAAACCCUUGCCGCCAGUGACCAGACCGCCCAUGCAUCCUCAAAAGCCAGAGACUGCACCAGAGGAAGUGUCCUUGCCAGGUUCUCUUCUUCAAGUGGAUCCUCCCAAACCGUUGGCAGCACCAGAGGAAGUGUCCUUGCUAGGUUCUCUUCUUCAAGUGGAUUCUCCCAAACCGUUGGCAGUUCCUCCAUGUUCCACUCCAACACCUGAUGAACUGUUUUGCCUCCGACGCAUCCAAGUCAGUCCACCCAAACAACUGGUGGUUUCUCCGAGCUCCUCUCCUGUAUCUGAUGAAGUUGUUGAUCUGCAACGUUCUUCAGCUCCAGUGUGUUCUCCCAGCUUGAUGAAGGCUCAGCCGUCCACUUCUUCCCUGUUUGAGCCGCCUCCACAACUCAUGCUCAUCGACAUAGAGGAUGAGGAGACAGAGUACGUGGAGUACACGGGGAAGACCAUUCGGGCCUGUGACUUACCCAAGUAUGAACUCCCCCGACCUCAGGAGGCUGAAAUGAAACCAAGACGGAUGGUUGCUUGGUUGGAGAGUGACUGCGACAUGCUGGAGGAAGUGUGGGCGAGUGAAGUGGUGGAGGUCCAGGGAUUUGAAGAUGUGAAAGAUAACACUGAUGAAAUGGGAGACUCCAAUGCCAUAGAAGGGACUUUGGAUGACUCCUCUCAGAAAAAGGAGGAGUUGGAUAAACACAUGAUGAAGCUGUUUGGUGUAGCCUCUCCUGAAGGUCCCAAGAAUGAGACCCAGCACAAUGUGAAUGUCCAGCAAGAGCCAAAGAGGAAAAGAAAAUUGCCACUUGUUCUCUUCAGCUGGGCAGAAGAGAAGGCCAAGAAAAAGAAGGAGAAGAAAAUACAGAAGGAGAAGGAGCGAAGAGAAAAGGAGUUGCUGCUUGAACGCUACAGGAACGAUCCAAAACUGAAGCACUUGUUGAUCAACAAGCACAACUGCAACUACUGCUCCUCUGAGUGAAGAUCAUUGUCCCUUCCCAAAACAUCCUCUUCACCUUUAACCUACAGCACAAUUCUGUGUACAAAUAAAAAAAACUGUGCAAACUAAAAGUUGAAUGAUCCAUGCAAAUUUCCUGAAUAUUAACACAUAAAACGUGUUUAAAGUUCAAAUGUUUAA